AUGCCUAUGUCUUCUCUUCCAGUGGCUAUUUUGUCUCACAUGAUAGCUAUUAACAAUGUGCCUCCGCCUCCGCUCCGCAAUAUACCAAACUUGAAAAUGUCUAAGCACAUUAAUUACGGUCAGUUGAAUGCAUUAUGCCAUAUUAGAGGACUACAACGGCGCUGGAGUAUUUACGAUAACUUAUCGGCUCAUAAUAUAUUUAUGAAGCAAUAUCCUAAAGUAUUUCUGCACAAAAAAACCAGACUGCCUAAACUUUUCAAACAGGAGGAACGAAGAAAACCUAAUAAAGACAAAGAAGAAAGUCCAUGCCAACAACCUGGUGGUUCUCACAAUAUAGCUGACCAUGUUAAAAAAGCUCAUGGUGGCCAUACUUUAUAUGGACCAAGAAAAUCCAUGGAGAAUUUGGUAGAGUUCCUAGCUAUCUUAAAGAAAUUGCCUGUUCACAGGACAGCAUAUGAACACAAAACUGUGGUGAAGAUGCUGAAAACAAUUCCAGAGUUAACCUCUCAGCUAAGCGAUGAGCAUCUGAAAACACUUAGUAAGAAUGUCAUUUCUGAAACCUGGGUGAAAGGCAGCACAGUGGUUGGAAAUGAUGGAUUUUACAUAAUACUGAAAGGCGUAGCUCAACCUCAAAUAAAGGUGUAUGAAAACAUAUUUGAAGGAAAUGACUCAACAGCCUCUUUCAUAUCUCAGAGUUUCCAUAACAUUAUUUUUAAUGAAGACUUGAAAAAUUCUGUACUUGCUGAAAUGAACCUACCUUCACAUGGCUCACUGAGGGAGGGCGCGCAGCGGGGCGGCGCGCACGGCGAGGGCGGGGCCUACAUGAUUACCAACUUAAUACUUCUAAUGAUAGUGGAAAGUGGAAAUAUAAUUUCUUUUGUGGGUUAUAUUAAUUCUGGAUAUUGUAACAUUUACAGAAAUAUUAUAGGAUUUGUGAAACUACAACCAAAUAAAGUGAAAAAAUGUCAAAAAUUUGUUUAUAUGGGUAAACUUCAGGAGAGAGAGUCCUUUGGUGAGAUUAGUGUUCUUCUUCAAGUUCCUUUCACAUGCACAGUUGUUACUGGAAAAGAGGUUGAAAUGGCAAUCAUUGAAGAUAAAGACCUACUUGAGAAUGUAUAA